UUACACUUUAAAUGCUGGUAGCCAUCUGUUCUAGUUGCUGAUAAAGCCUGGGUUCCAGGAGAGCAGGGCAGUGCAAAGUAGAAAUAACCCUUCUUCACUGAAGAAAGUGGCUUGUAAAGCCUUGUGAAAGAUUCUGUAGAAAGUGCUUGCUAAUAAACUUUUCAUAUAUAUGAGUUUGAAAAGUAAAGCUAUUUGCUUUAAAAUUUCUAUUGUAAAGAGUACUAUAGUUACAUAUUUAAGACUAUUUUUUAUUGCAAAUUCGGUAUAGAUUUUUUUUGUGAGACUCAUAGAGGAAGACUGCAUCAGCAGUUUGACCCUUGUAUAAACCAAAAUGGUGAAAAAUCUGGAGUUUCCUUGCAGAACUGGGACCAAAUGCUGUGGAAGCACGUGCAUAUAUGUAUUGAACUGCUUUCAGGGAUAUGGCUUGAAUAAAUUGCUCAAAUAAGCCUGGACACCAGGUGGAAAGUGAGCGCAGGGGUUUGCAAGUGUCUGGACAACACCAAUUCUUGAGAACGCUCUGAAUGACCACGUCUUUCAAAGGAAAAUCUUGUUUCUAAAAGCCGCUUGGGGUUUUUGUCAAGGGCGGGGGGGAGGCUGGAGGCAGAAUAGAGACCUCUCUUAAAAUAAAAAUAAAUAAAUAAAAUAAAAGCAAACAAAGCGCAGUAACUCGCUGCCGUUGUGUCUCAGCCUCCCGGGGAGCUGUCGGCUCGCUUUCCGGGAGCGGGGCGUGGUGCUCCCGCCGCCCCCGCCGAGGCUCCAGCCCGCCCCGGGGCGGGACCGGCCGCGCCAGGGCCGGGCGGGCAGAUAAAAAUCCUUGUUUUGCGGGACGCACUGUUCGCUUUGCCAGUAAGCGGAGUGCCCUCAAUCAGGAAAAAAAAAAAAAAAAAAAAACACCAAAAAAAAAUCCACAGCCAAACCCAACAAACAACCCCAGGAGGAGAAGAUGGAGGAAGCAGAAGAGGAUGACAUGACACGUGGAGACUUGGGAAAUGGACUUGGAGGUCUCUAUGAAAGGGAAAAAUUACAAAACUACAGUUCAUUCAGAUCUCAGAAGGGAUCUGGGAAGGUUUACAACUCUCCCUUGUCAGCAAAGAGUGUGGAAGAAAGCGACGCUGUGGCUUCUCCCAGUUCAAAGCGAAACAAUUUUUAUGAUGGAUCACCCAAAAAGCCUGUCACUGGUUCCACAAGACAAAACAACUGUGAAUCUAAUACUGAAACAUCAAAUGAAGAACUAAAGCAACGACUUCAGGAAGCUCUAGAGGAAGUUGAGAUUUUGAAAGCUGAGCUUGAAGCAUCUCAAAGACAGCUUGAAGGAAAAGAUGAAGCCCUAAGAAUUCUGCAGAGCAUGGCAGUAUUUAAUAAAGCCACUAGUCAUACAAAAGCAAUACUUCAAAAAACUGAGGAAGAAAAGAGAACUUUAGAAAAGGAAAUAAAUAUUUUGCAAUGGGAAAUUGAAUUUGAUCAGGAUAGAUUUAAAAACAUAGAAGACACAUGGACAGAAAAAUAUGACAGGAUAUAUUGUGAAAAUGCAGCUCUUAAGGAAGCAGUGAAACUGAGAACAGAAGAAGUUAAAACUCUUAAAGCUGAAAAUGCAAUCCUGAAUCAGCAGUGCUUGGAAUUUCUUGCAAUGCUAGAUGUGAAACAACAGAAGGUUGUUCAGGAAAACAUGUCCUUGAAUACAAGCAGCAUUACAGAUUUUACAGGUCUUGAACUGGCAGUUCUUGGAGCAUGCACCUGCAAUACUUCUGGAGGGCAGCCCUGUCCCUGUGCUAAAAUGGCAGCUGUAACUCGAAAGCAACUUCUUCACCUCAAGCAAGAGAUUGAAAAUCUGAAGAAGAGUAAAGAUGAAGCUUACAUAGUAGCAGAUGCCUUCAGAAUUGCAUUUGAGCAACAGCUAAUGCAGAGGAAGGACCAAGCCCUGAGGCUUGCAGAAGUGAUAAAGAUUAAGAAGGACACAAAAUUUAUGAACUGGAGACGUCUAAAGGAUGAUGGACAUGUCAAGUUACAAGGGGACAGGAACAGUCUGGGGCAAAAACUUUCCAGCCUGCUCUCAUCAGACGUGGACUGCAGGAAGGUCGAAGAGCUAGACAACCCCCAUGAAAUCCUGAGGAUGUUAAUAGAUUUGGUAAAUGACAAAGAGGAGGCUCUGGCUCAUCAAAGAAAGGUUAGUUACAUGCUAGCUCGUGCAAUGGAGGCAAAAGAGGAUGUUUUGGAACAGGACGGAGGAAAUGUCAUGCUGGGGUCACCAGGCCCCAUACAGGCCUGCUGCCAAAACCUCCCAUCACAAAACAGUGCCUCAUCGGUUCCCAGUGCAAAAACAUUUGAAAAUCCUGUAAAAAUGCUUCAGAAAUCAAACUCCUGGCCAUCUGAGGCUACACACUGGGAACAAAUUAAUCCACGUGGGAAAGCAGAUGAAACUGUAGUGAUCUCUAUAUAACCGUCUGCUGGAAUAAAUUUUUUUUUUUUAAAAGAA